GUGCCAAGCCUCACCCCCUUUCGCCUUUCCAGGAGGCAUGACGGUCACGACAGGCACGACAGCCACGGACGAGGCCAAUGAACCCUUCUUAUGCAUUUCUGACACCGGCAUGGCCUGGGCAUGGCAAUGGGAAAACAUUAAACGGCAUGGUUGGAUGGGAUGGGUACGGAAAUCUGGGAAUGCUGGGACAUGAUGAAUUUGGGUUUGCUCUUUCAGUCAGGGCAGCAGGUCAGGUCAGGUCAGGUCAGGGUCGGGUUUCCGACGGUAGGCUGGCUAGCUACGGCCGGCAGGGUUGCAUCAUCACUGCAUCUCCAGGGCGUUUGGGGGCUCUCUUUUCCUUUUGACUUUUUGGGUUUUAUGGGUUGGGUUUUCUUUUCACGACGGCCAAUGGGUAGAGGCGGAAAAGUUUUAUUGAUGCGUUGCGUUGCGUUCUUUUCCUUUCCUCGCCCUCAAUUUUUUCCUUUUUCGGUUCUCCCUGUACCACAAUUGGUCUUGUAAUUUCUAUCCGGUGGCGGACGAACCCCUGAAGCUUUGCUUGAUCGGCUUCGUUACGUCGGCUGGCGGGCUUUCAGGGGCCUAAUCAGCGUUGCCCUUCUGAGUCUCUUUGACUGUUUGGU